UAGUGGAUUUCCCAAAGCCCACAGGAGGAACUAUAAAUAACAUAGCACGAGAAGCACUCAAACACAAUCUUGCCCAAUCACAUAGAAUUGAAAGUUUGAAAGUGAAGUGAUAAGAAGUCAUGGAGGCAGAAAGAGCCGGAGCAUUAGUGGUGAUGGGUCACACGGAAGGCAUGAAACAGGCAGGAGCUCUUCUCAAGGAAUUUGGGCUUCCAGAAGGACUGUUGCCUCUUGCAGAUGUGGUGGAAGUGGGUUAUGUGAAGAGCAGUGGUUACAUGUGGAUUGUACAGAAGAAGAAGGUGGAACACACUUUCAAGCUCAUCUCUAAGCAGGUCAGUUAUGACAAAGACAUCCAUGGGUACAUUGAGGCGGGGAGAAUAAAGAAACUGAACGGAGUGAAGGCAAAAGAGUUGAUCAUCUGGGCUCCUGUCAGCGAUAUCAUUUUGGAGAAUCCUCCAACCGGGAAACUACAGUUCAAAAGCCUGGCUGGAAUCACUAAGACUUUUCCCGUUGAUGCAUUCGCUGCAGGCCAGUAAUACCUUGAGAUUACAAAAAACUGAUUAGUUUAUCCAUUAGUUUUACAUUCCAUGCUUUCAGUUUCAAUCUCUGAGAUUAUUAUUGUAGCAAGAUCGUAAUGUUUUCCAAUUCCCCCUUGUACGAGAUCCAUCGAUCUCAGUUUGCAGAUAGCGUAAACAAAUUUCUGCAUAGCCAUGGCUAAACCAUAUUUGAGGAUAUGCACUGUUUACAUGUUCGUUCUUAUUAUAAUAUUGUUUAACUGGUUUUUG